AGCACCAAAACAGAAACAGAGGGAACAGAGGAAGUUAGAGAAAAAUCCAAAAGAGAAAAAGAGGAAGAAGAAAGGCCUCCGGUUCUCGUACGCAGCUGCUCGGCUGGCGCUUCCGCAGCCGUGGCGGUGGACCGGUGGUUUCAGCCGUAUCGUCUCGGGACGAAGAACAAACCAACUCAUCGACGACGACGAGGAGCCCAUUUACUAGAUCGCUGAAUAUCUCACCGCAGACCCAUCUCACGACGCCGUGGAUUUCGACGGAAGCUCAUGUGCACUUGGUUGGCUUUGUAGUUGGACCUAGCUACCGUUAGGACCUUGCGCAAAUGCAUAUCAAGAGCAUUGUACAUGAGCUCAGGGAGAUACGAGACAGAAUCAAAGACAUAGCGGGGAGAAAACUCGAGCGGAGACACGUGCAUCGCCAAGGGAGAUCGCACAUUGUUCCUGAAACCACGGUUCCAACGCCUUCGUGUCCGGAGGCGGUACAGCAGGGGCCAUGGGCUAAUUUGCCUCCCGAAUUGUUGCUUCACAUAAUAAAGCGUGUCGAGGCGAGCCAGAUCUCAUGGCCAUCUCGGAGAGACAUCGUUGCUUGUGCCUCAAUUUGUAGAUCGUGGAGAGAGGUCACCAAAGAGGCCGUGAAGACUGCGGAGCAAUGUGGGCGCCUGACUUUCCCCAUUUCUCUGAAGCAGCGAGGACCUAGAGAUUUUCCAAUCCAAUGCUUCAUUCGCAGGGACACGGCAAAUUCAACCUUUUUCUUGUAUCUCGGUUUGAGCCCCGACCUGUCUGAGGGGACGAGCAAACUGCUUUUGGCUGCAAGAAAGAUCAGAAGGGCCUUGAGCACAGAUUUUGUAAUAUCAUUCAUAGCAGAUGAUUUUUCUCAAGCUGGAACUUCUUAUGUCGGCAAACUGAGCAGGUCUAAUUUCAUAGGGACCAAAUUCACUGUUUACGACAGUCAACCUCCAUGGGACGCUGCAAUCCAAUCAAACCAUAAGUCUCAUGGAAGACAGAACCCAAAGCAGGUGCCUCCAAGUGUCCCUUCUGGAAAAUUUAGUGUGGCCACCAUAUCUUAUGAGCUUAAUGUUCUCCGAAGCAAAGGCCCAAGGAGAAUGCACUGCAACAUCCGUUCAAAUCCCACCUCUGCAAUCCAGGAAGGCGGUACAGCCCCAACGCCAACAGAAUUUUCAAGGAUCUCUGUCGAGCCGUACUUGUCACCGCUGCCACUGCCAGCUUCAAAUGGAAAGAAGCAGCUCAAUGAGCAUAGCUCCACCAGCUGCAAGCUGUUGAAGUCGACCCAUGGUGCAUGGGAUCCAUUGGUUCUGAGGAACAAAACUCCUAGAUGGCACGAGCAGCUUCAGUGCUGGUGCCUGAACUUCAGAGGCCGUGUCACAAUGGCCUCUGUCAAAAACUUUCAGCUAGUCGCUGCCUUGGAACCUUAUCAAAACAUUCCCACCACAGAACACGACAAUGUGAUACUGCAGUUUGGGAAGAUUGGCAAAGAUAUAUUCACUAUGGAUUACCUCUAUCCUCUCUCUGCCUUUCAGGCCUUUGCAAUCAGCUUGAGUAGUUUUGGCACCAAGCCAGCCUGCGAAUGACCUCCGUCUUGGAUGUGUCUUCUCUGUCGCUGGCCAAGAGCAUGAUGACAUUUCUCCUGUUGUUGAUUGUACAUAUUUUUCCAUCGAAGAGAUGUGCUUGGUAACUUUAGUAGUUCCCAGUAGUGGCUGCAGCAUUGCAAGAGACAAAAUAUAUCAACUGUUACCAAUUUAUUUUGAUCUCAAACUUCUGCUUGCAGCAGCUUGCAGAUGAUAGGCAUUGUCAGAUGACUAGGAUGUCGCCUGAUUCUGUGGAUCUUCUAGUUGUGUAUUAAGCUCAUGUGAUACUUUCGAAUGUACUUUUGGUAUAUCUUGAUUAUUUUGUCAA